AUGAAUACGACUGAUAUCAUUAAUGACUUUACAACUGAAGCUCGUAAUGAUUUUGUAAAUCGUUACAAUGAGCAAGCUGAAGACCUGCUUCUUUUAGAACAAGCAUGGGUUAGAGAGAAGACUGUUCCCCAAUUGCUCCCACACGAGAGUGAAUUAGUAGAAAGGAUCAUGGAGCGUAUACGUGUUCAGCUUGAGACAAUUGAUGAAAUGGCCAGUGACGAAAACACAGAUAAGUUAACGUUGGUUAUUAUAGAAAGCGAGCUCGAGAGAAUACAGUAUUUGCUUAGGGCAUAUACACGUGGCAGGUUGCGUAAGAUAGAUUCAAACCAAGUGAUGGACCUGUCACUGCUUAGUGUUGAUGAACAAACAUAUCUUCGAGGCCAUUCCGCAAUGAAAAAUCAAUUUCUGACUAGCUUGCUUGGAGAGGAGCCAUCGAUACCAGAGUCAGAUCCUGACAACGAAUCGUGUCACAUUUUUGUCCGUGCCCAAGCACCGUUUCCCUUCCGAGAUGAAGAUACCAUGCAAGUAGGUGAUGUUCGUGUUGCUAAAUGGAAAGACGUGGCGCAUGGUGUAGCAGAGGGAGCUUUACACGUGAUAUAA